AUUUUACAGACAUGUUAUCGUGGUGGCUCUCAUACUAUAUGAUAAGGAUUACGUUUUCCCUAACUUUUCACGGAAGAAUGGUUUGUUCCACAGUAGGUGGGUCUAUGCUGCGGGCCACAGGACGCAGAUCAAUGAACCGGGCGGGUUCCUGAAACUGGUUAGUCAACCCAAGGUGGAAUAAACCUUGGACAUCUUUUACUGUUAAAGUUCACCUUUCAGUGGUAUCAUUUAGAGACUAAACAUUUAACAUUGCUGAAGGCGAACCAAGCCUCCAUACAAACCGUGUGCUAUGUGGAUCAUUUGUGAGCUGUAAAGAAACCCGGGAUACACAUCGACUGUAAGAUAUUUACCCUGAAUACUUUUCUGGCAUCCUCGAGUAUCGAAAACCAAAGGAAUUAAAAAUGAUCUUCGCCAACACUGCCAACCCUAUGAGGACUCCGUAUCGUAAGCAGCCUACUGCCAUGACGACCACCCACCCCAUGGCUCCACCCAGCCCAAGCACCAACGGCAACAGCAGUAGCAGCAGCAGCAGCACCACAGGAUGGGAGCAGCUCAGCAAGACCAACCUGUAUAUCCGUGGCUUACCACCGUCCACCACCGACCUCGACCUGGUCAAGCUCUGUCAGCCGUAUGGCAAAAUUGUGUCUACGAAAGCCAUCCUUGACAAGACGACAAACAAAUGCAAAGGUUAUGGGUUUGUGGACUUCGACAGUCCGGGGUCGGCGCAGAAGGCCGUCUCCGCGCUGAAGACCAGCGGAGUCCAGGCACAGAUGGCAAAGGUCCCCCAUUUCCAUCUCCAUCCGCAGCAGCAGGAACAGGACCCCACCAACCUCUACCUGUCAAAUCUGCCCAUGUCUGUGGACGAGCAGGAGCUGGAGAGCCUGCUUAAGCCCUUCGGCCAUGUGGUGUCCACACGCAUCCUCAGAGACACACACGGAGUCAGCCGUGGAGUGGGCUUUGCCAGGAUGGAGUCGACGGAGAAGUGCGACGCUGUCAUCUCCCAGCUCAACGGCAAGUUCAUCAAGACAGCAGGCAUAAUGGGUUCCCCAGAGCCCCUGCUGUGUAAGUUUGCAGAUGGGGGUCAAAAGAAGCGAAUGUCUCAGGGCAGAUACACACCCAACGGGAAGACAUGGUCUCGGGAGGCUGAGGGGAGACUGAGUGGAAUGACCUUGACGUAUGACCCUAACACUGCCACCAUGCAGAAUGGGUACUACCCUCCUCACUACAACAUGGGCGGCAGGCUGAUGCCUCAGACUGUAACUCCCUACAACCUUCCUGUCUCCACAUACCAGGUGCAGAAUCCUCCCUGGAUGACGCAUCAGCCUUACAUCAUGCAGCACCCGGGAGGGAUUUUGUCGCCCUCUAUGGAGCACGCCAUGGCGAUGCAGUCCUCCUCCAUCAUGGCUCCUCUCGCACAGCAGAUGGGGCAUCUGUCUCUGGGCAAUACGGCAGCAUUCAUCCCUGCCAACUCCGGCAUGCAGGGCGCCUACAACCUCCAGUACACACACAUCCCUGCCUCCGCCGUGCCCGUGGAGGACAAUACAAACCCCAAUGAAUCAUCCAAUGAUCAUUCAACGUACAGUUAUCAACACAGCAAGUAGUAAUAAGGGAACAGUGUUCAAGGAGUGGGGACGGAAAUAACAUUGUUUCCAUGGAAACAAACAAGCUCUCUCCGGGAGGAUGUGACAUCACCACACCUCUUUCCAGGGAAGGACUCAAAUGAAAACGGAAGUGACGUCAGAAAAACUCCUUUGGACUUUGGGUGGCAGUGCAGCUCUUGCAGUCAAGGGUUGACAAAAGACAACCGGGACAAAGUUUUAUUUUGUUAAAGAAAGAAAUUACAAAUGUUCAACCUCUUUUAUAAGGACACGAGCGUGCACACAGGGGCACGGCCAUUUUUUUUUUUUUUUUGCGACAGAAACACCCUGUGACUGGAGUGUGAGAGUGAAGACCAGGUUUGAUGCUUUUCCUUCACAGACUGCCCUCUUGAACUCUUUCUUUGAUUGGUUUUAAAAUGAGCAAGGCACGUGUGCUGUUCCAAAUAAAUUUAAACAUAAUAACACACAAAAAAUAGCAAAAAAAAAAUAAAUGUCCCCUCAGCUCCAUUGCUUUCUCUUGCUGUGGUUAUGGGGCUGACAUCCGCAUGCAGUGAUUUGAGUGAAAUGAUUUUUUUCUUAUUUCUUCCCACCCACAAACCUAGCUAGUUUUGUACUAGGAUGCACUGUGUGUGUGUGUGUGUGCGUGUGUGUGUGUGUGUGUGUGUGUGUGUGUGUGUGUACUUUUGUGUGUGUGUGUUUGAAUGUUCCGCUGUUUGAGCUUCCUUCAAAUCUUUGCCUUCUAAGUCUGAUGUGAUGUUGUAGUUUUAGGUGAAAAGUUGUUGUCUCUUGGGUGGGUGGUUUGGGGGCAGGGUUCAAAGGUUGUUGUGGGGGAGGGAGGGGGGUUGGCUCAGCAUGGUGGGGAGAGGGUAUAUGAGAAAAGAGAUUUUAUAUUUCACACAGGAGAUGAUUUUAGUCUUGGGGAGGGGGAGGGGGGGUUGGCGUAGUGGUUAGCAAGAAGGUUCGUGCAAAUGUUUAUUUCUAACUCUGUGAUGAAAUGCAAUACAGGCGUUAAUUCAAUCCAGCACCUUAGCUGCUGAAUGCCAAUGUGCGUUAGCGGCUAAACUGCAUCGUUUGAGUUUUCCUCCAUGACUUCCACUGCUUUCCAAUAAAACGGAAAGAUCUCUGUGGCCAACGGGGCAUGUAUGAAAUGACCUCUUGCCCAGAAUGGCCCAGUUCCCAAUAGUCUUAACAGUUUAGCAAUACUUUCCUUGUGGUUCAAUUCUUUUUCUGCACCUGAUUUUUAUUUUCGUUGACAAUUACAUACAAUUUCUACAUUCUGUUUAGCCUCUGAUGUUUUUAGGACUGUGCUUCUAUUUGCUUGACAUUGUGUUGCUCAGACAUCAAGAGCAAUGUUUGACAAGGAAUUUCUUCUCCCACAAAGUGGAAAGGAAAACUAGAUGGAGAGCUACCAGUGUGGUUAAAAAAAAACAAAAAAAACAGGCAGUAUGUGUUUUUUGUUGUUGAAGGUGAAAAGAAUGUGUUUACAACAAGGCAAAUGGAAAUGUUUGUUAAUAUUCCUAUACUUUCUAUGUGUUGUUCUUCUUUGUUUCAGGCAGGGUUUUUGCUUUUUUUACAUUAGCAUUUUUUUACCUAAGGGUUUUUGCUUUUUUGUUUGUUUGUUUUUGCAUUUGUUUUCAUCAUGUGUUAGAAAAAAAAGUGUAAGAAAUGCAAAAACGCAUCUGAAACGCAGAAAGAGGCCUGUAUAGGCAUUUAUAUAUUUUUUUUUUCCGACAACAGAAAUCACACACUGCGCCUGCAAACAGACAGAAGUGGCAAAAAACAGCGAACAGUUGAAAUCUCCCUCCGAAUACAGUUUUUUUUCUGUUCUUCUUUGAAGCACCUCAGGACUGCAGAUGUUGGCCUCCCUCUGGUCUUAACCAGUCACACACAUCUGAUUCACAGUCUGUCUCUGGCUGAACACACCAGAUUGAAUCAACCGUCACCAAUGGCCUCCUAUGUCCGAUCAGGUGUAGGGACUUGGGAGACGGAUAGGUUAACACAUGAUUGCCCCACCAAAAGGGCUCAGUGGCAGAUGCUGCCUUUUAGGCACGCAGAGAGCCAACUUCCAGAGUCUCCUAAACUGGUUCCAUCCUGAUCUGCAGUCAGUCAGUCAGUUAGGCAUGGCAUGAAAUGUACAUCGAUUACAGGUUCCUGAACAGAAAGGCAAAUUGAAUCCCACACUUGGCUUGCUGUCUCUGUGUCAACUCUCAGUCUGUACUGUGUGUUCCUGGCUGUUUUGCACAGCAUAGAACUUGACUUACAUUAACAUUUUCACAGCAUAGAACUGGACUUCCAGUAACAUUUUCACAGCAUAGAACUGGACUUCCAGUAACAUUUUCACAGCAUAGAACUGGACUUCCAUUAACAUUUUCAGCGUUGAUAGUUUCCAAAAUUUUCUCCGCUCUCAUCCUCAGCUAGGAAUGGUAUGGAGUCACUCAUUUGACAUUGUAUCAGAGGGAGAGUUGCUGAACGCCUCCUUUUUUUUCUGAAGGGAUAUUGAUUUCACACAGGAGAACUGAAUAUUACCAAAGACCGUCAAAUAAUAGACCUUACUGAAGAGUUAGAACAGACAGUCACUGUGUGGGAUCCAAUUGUGUGUCCUUGACACCCAGAGGUAGAGUUUGUUUUUAGAUUUUUUUCCCUGUCGGCUGUCCCUCUCAUAGUUCGUCCUGUAAAUAUGUUGGAAGUCUGAAGGGCUGGAAUAGCGUGUAGUUUGGAUAUUGUGCCUUUUUUUGUUCCCUAGACUUUAGGCUCAGUUCAGUUUCUCCACAGAUGCAGUAAAGAAAGACACUUUCUCAGUGUAGCUUACAUGAUGCUACAUGAUUCAACCUUCAACCGUGAAGAAAUAGUCCUAAUUCGUGAUAAAUUACAUUUUUCUUUUCAGUUUUGUAACACAAAAAUUAAACAGUUAUAUUAGGAUAAGGCAAAAAAAAAAAAAAGUAGGAAACCGCUGAUUUAUAGCUACACCAAGACAGACUUGCUUGGACUUUCCUUAUGACCAAUUCAGACCCUUCCAUUUGAUCGAAUCAAUGAAAUAUAUAUAUUGUGGAGAAGGAGAUAGUGUGGAGUGGUUGUUUUUGAUGUAACGGUCUGCAAGGCCGGUGAACUACCUCAGAGUUGCAUGAGCUCUGUGUUUUGGGUGGGGUGUGUUGGGUGGGGGGGGCAUGCAGGUUCAGUCCUCCCCUCCCCCCCACUCCAAAAUCCUUCUCACAGAGCACAGGUCCAGCUCAGGAGCUGGACACUACACUACAGGAAACCUCUUCUUCUUCCUCUUCCUCCUCUUCGUCCUCCUCCUUCUCUUCCACCUCUUCUCUGAGGAAGCGUCUUGUUUUUAGACAUUUUUUGUAAUGUGGUCUAGCUGAUGGUAAUUGGUAAGAAAGCUGUGGAUGCCUAUGCAUUGAAGGUGCUUGACCUGGUCUACCUGGUCAUUGCUUCCGCUUGCCAUUGGAGAUAUGUGCUGAAUUCUGUGGAAAGACAUGAAGAGGGAGAGUUGAAUAAAUGGAUAAUGGUGUGUUACAUUUAGAUAAAUGUCUGCCCUCCUGACGUAGAUCCUUCUUGUUUAUGGGGGCAGCCAUUUCCCAGUAACCAAAGCAAACUGUCGUCAUGGUGAUCAAGCAGUGGACAUUUUUGUCAGUGAAUUCCUCCAAAACCAGAACGUCAACCCCUCAAGAAAACAGUCACAUGAAGUGGUGGGAAAAUAAAGUAAUAAUAAUUUAUGAGGUGAUCUUUUGUACAGACAGAUGCAAAAAGUGAGAGAAUUUCAUAGAGAUGUCUAUAAGAUCAAAUACAGAGUAAAUCCUUUUUUAUUUUAUUUUGUUGUUUUUACACACAAAUGUGCCAGUCAUAAUUAUGUUCAAUCCAAGGAAACAGCUUUGUUAUUUUUGCAUUGUUUCUUACUGUCGAAAUGUUUCUUUUUUUUAUCUUAAUUUAAAUAUCACCCAGUAGAUAAAAAAAAAAUAUCCUGUCAUCAUUUCCUCUGUCAAAACCUUUUUGAAAUAAAAUUGAACCUCAUUCUG